CAGCGUUUAACCUGAAACACUCCAGCCGGCAGGUUGGCCUGCACUCCCACGUGUAGCAGCAUUAGUCACACAUCGUUAAUUUUCCCAGGCCUCGUGACGGAAUCAGGUCGGGUAUAAAGAUGGCACCUGGGCACAGACACAGAACCGGACGAGUGCGAGCAACGGGAGCAGGGACUGAAACAGAACCGCAGAAGAAAAUGAACCCAAAUUCCAUCUCCGUUUGCUGCCUGUCUCUGCUUUUACUGCUUCACCUGGCGGAAGCCAAACCCGUCUCUGACCUCCAGAGUCUGAAGCAACUUUUAGAAGAGGAACUCGCCGCUGCGCCCUUUUACUCCUCGGAGGAGACGGAGGCGCAGGGGAGGGACGGGAGCACGGACAAGGCGGUGUUCGGAGGCGCGGAGGAGGAGCGGCACUGGGACUCCUCAGACCCUAGCAACUCGGUCCUGGCGGCCAAAGAAAACGCCCUGGCGCGUCUCUUCAAAGACCUCAUGAGGACUUCCAAGCGCUCGUGGAGCCGGUACAAGAAGGGCGGGCUGAGGAGCUGCUUCGGGGUCCGGUUAGAGAGGAUCGGCUCUUUCAGCGGACUGGGGUGCUGAAGGCGGGAUGAAACCGGGGUGACUCCGGACUGACUUCGGGCUGACUUCGGGCUUCUACACGUCGGUGUUACCGGAACCCACACCGGAGCUUCUGGUCAUUGCGCUUUGACAUUUUAAAGGGCGGGUACUUCUCUCUCUGCUGUCCGGGAAUCAUCCAGAACUUUGCUUUUUCAUAUGUGAGCUGUUCAACAAUAAAUUAUUGUAUAUGUAUGUAUUA